GAUUCCAUUGAAAUAUUACAACUGAAGGUUCCAUAAAGGAUAAUUUUAUGAAAAAAUGUUCAAUACAAUACAGGGGUAUGUUAUGUGAAGCAAGAUCCUCUGAGGAGAAACGAAAAAAUAUCCCAAAAUCUAUUUGGGAGAGCUGGAAGCCUCACUAUGAUACUGAGGAUUUUAAGGCUAAAUCUGCACAAUAUUCCAAAAAUCGACUAAGUGAGAAAUGUGGUGAAGGAUCUGGUCCCUCGCGCCAUACUGGAGGCUCCCGGACUCACCGAGAGCAUGCAAGACAACUGGCGAAUGUUCUUGGACGACCACCUUAUCCGCAUGAACUUUUGAAGAAGACACAUACCAAAGGAAACGACGAGUUUGUGGAUCUGAAGUCUAAGAGAACAUAUGAUGCUGUAAUGUCUAAGAUCACAUCUGCAUCUCAACUUGUAGAUGAAUCUGGUGAGUCACCGACAGUAGAUUUUUCAAAGAUUUACAUGGAUGAAGUGGGUGGGGUUAAGAAGGCAUGUAUAUAUGGUCUUGGUUCUCAAGCAGUAUUCUAUGAGAACAUUGGUUCAUCGUCUGCUUCAACUACUCAACCUCAAGAUUGUAGUUUUGAUGCUCGAGUGAAGGAAUAUGUUCAAGAAAUGAAAGAGGAGAUGAAGCAUGAGAUGAGAGAAGAGAUGAGAGAAGAGAUACGACAUGAAUUGCGUGAAGAAAUGAAACAUGAAAUGCAGCUAGAAAUGCAAGAGCAAGUUGAUAAGAUUCUCCAAGAACGUUUGCCCAUCCUCAUAGCUGGGCUACCUAAACCACCCCGUAGUACACUGCCCACUGGUACACCUCCAACUGGUACACCACCUUAGCUUAGACAUGACCCAUUAUCAAAUAAUGAUAUGAGUCAUUUAAAUUUUUCAAACUAUCCUAAGUAGAUUUUGCAUUGUUUGUUCCGUAUUUGGAUUUAUUUUGAACUCUUCAUCUUAGAUUUUGCAUUGUUUGUUUCCUUAUUUGGUUUU